GGCUGGGGCUGGACCGUUAUAAGUGGGAGGUGCUGGCCAGGUGCUGUCCUGGUCCACAGCCCCCAUCUCCGCUGCCACCAUGGCCACCCACCGCCUGGUGAUGGUCCGCCACGGGGAGAGCACCUGGAACCAGGAGAACCGGUUCUGCGGCUGGUUCGAUGCAGAGCUGAGCGAGAAGGGGGCCGAGGAGGCCAAGCGGGGGGCGGUUGCCAUCAAGGACGCCAAGAUGGAGUUUGACAUCUGCUACACGUCAGUGCUGAAGCGGGCCAUCCGCACCCUCUGGACUAUCCUGGACGGCACGGACCAGAUGUGGCUGCCCGUGGUGCGCACCUGGCGCCUCAACGAGCGGCACUACGGGGGCCUCACCGGCCUCAACAAGGCCGAGACGGCGGCCAAGCACGGGGAGGAGCAGGUCAAGAUCUGGCGCCGCUCCUUCGACAUCCCGCCGCCCCCCAUGGACGAGAAGCACCCCUACUACACCUCCAUCAGCAAGGAGCGGCGGUACGCGGGGCUGAAGCCGGGCGAGCUGCCCACCUGCGAGAGCCUCAAGGACACCAUCGCCCGGGCCCUGCCCUUCUGGAACGAGGAGAUCGCCCCGCAGAUCAAGGCCGGCAAGCGCGUGCUCAUCGCCGCGCACGGCAACAGCCUGCGUGGCAUCGUCAAACACCUGGAAGGGAUGUCGGACCAGGCCAUCAUGGAGCUGAAUCUGCCCACUGGGAUCCCCAUUGUCUACGAGCUGGACCAGGCGCUGAAGCCCACCAAGCCCAUGAGGUUCCUGGGAGAUGAGGAGACGGUGCGGAAGGCCAUGGAGGCUGUGGCUGCCCAGGGCAAGGCCAAGUGAGGGUGGGCACUGGCAAUAAAGGAGUGUCCUCCCCCUGCG